UUCUGAUACUCGAUGGUGGGAAUGUAACGUUGAUCAGUAUUUUUUCAUGAGAAACGUUCUAACAAAACUUUAAUUUUUUUUCCAUAAUCCACGAGAGAGGAGAGAGAAUGGAAUAUGCUGAUUUUGAAGCUUAUUAUAUGCGUGUGAAAUAACACUGGAAGUGUUAGUAUGGCUUUCUUUGUACUUUUUAAGAUAUGUCUUGUACAACUUGAGAAUAGUUACUGAAUUUAAUAUAAUACUAUUGUAGAUAUUAAAAGAAACGGUACAUAAGAUAAACAUGGCAGUGCAUAGACAGGAAAAAGAUUAUACGGUUGUAAAUCUUAUUCGUCAAAGGGAAAUACAAGAAUCUAUAGCACAUACAGUCUCUCAAAAAUUACACGUCACCGAAGACCUAGUACUACGAUUGGGAUUGGAAAAAGAAUUGAACGGUCACUCUGGUUGUGUUAAUUGUUUAGAAUGGGAUGAAACGGGAAAAGUGCUAGCCUCUGCCUCGGAUGAUACAAAUAUUAUACUAUGGGAUCCAUUUCGUUAUGAAAAAAAGUUAGUUAUUCAUACGGGACACCGUGGAAAUAUAUUUUCUGCAAAGUUCAUGCCAAAGACAAAUAAUAAUGUGUUGGUAUCAGGGGCAGCUGAUUGUAAAGUACAAGUACACGAUCUUAGUCUCACGGAACCGAUCCUUGCAUGCUAUUGUCAUCUAGGACGCGUUAAACGUAUAGCUACGAUAGGAAGUAUACCUUCAUUAUUUUGGAGCGUGGCCGAAGAUGGUUUGGUACUGCAGUACGAUAUACGUGCACCACAUACGUGUGAAAAUAACGAGCCUAACGUACUUAUAAACUUGGUGAAUCACAUGGGAAGAUCAGCGGAAGGAAAAUGUAUCUCUAUAAAUCCUAAAAGACCAGAAUUGAUAGCUAUUGGGGCUAACGAUGCUUACAUACGGAUGUAUGAUCGUAGAAUGAUCAAACAUUCUCAGGUUGUUCCAAUUGUUUUUCCUCACGUUGACUGGGACAGGAGACAUCUUAGCUUCAUUCGAAGCGGCGAAGGUGAUCCGGAGGAUAAUGUACCAUUGGGUUGUGCACAGUAUUUUAUCGCGGGCCAUCUGCACUCACGUCCGCGUGAUGGUAAUAGAAGCCUUACAGCAACAUAUUUGACCUUUAGUGCCGAUGGGAAUGAAUUGCUAGUUAAUAUGGGCGGAGAACAGAUUUAUUUGUAUGAUAUCAACAAUUCAAAGAAUUCGAAAAUAUUUCAAAGUUACAAUGUUAAAAGUGUUUCAGAGACGAAUGAAAAAGAUUCAAAAUCAAAAAAUGGUUGUAUAGAAAGCUGUGAUGUUAAUCUUGCUAAUACAAAUAUUAGAACUCUGCCUCAUCAUGUUGAAGAAUUAAAACGUCAGGCUAAUGAAGGCUUUGAACAACAAAAAUAUACUAUAGCAAUCAAUUUAUAUAAUAAAGCUAUUAGUUACUGCCCCACAGCAGCUGUACUUUUUGCUAAUAGAGCUGCAGCAUUUAUGAAACGCGCUUGGGAUGGUGAUACUUAUGCUGCUUUACGCGAUUGUCGGACAACUUUGCUUCUUGAUCCGCAACAUGUAAAGGCACAUUUUAGGUUAGCACGAUGUUUAUUUGAUCUAAAUAGAUCGGUCGAAGCUGAAAAAGUUAUUAAAAAUUUCCUAUGCAAAUUUCCUGAGUAUGCAUCCAACUCUGCGUGCAAAGCUUUGAAAAUGGAUAUUAAGGAAGCUAUCGAUUCUGGAAGGGACAUCGAUAGUUUCGAACAAGAUCUUUCACGAAUCUCAGGCUAUGAGAAAGAAUGGAGAAGCAAUACUAUAGAUUAUAAAAUGAGAUUUUGCGGUCAUUGUAACACUACAACAGACAUAAAAGAAGCUAAUUUUUUUGGAAACAAUGGACAAUAUAUAGUUGCUGGAUCGGACGAUGGUUCCUUUUUUAUUUGGGAUCGGAAUACAACAAAUAUUAUACGUGUACUAAGAGGUGAUGAUAGAAUUGUAAAUUGCCUUCAGCCACAUCCAUCGACAUGUCUAUUGGCAACAAGUGGCAUAGAUCCAGUUAUCAGAUUGUGGAGUCCGCUACCAGAAGAUGGCAGUAUUAACGACAGGGAAAUAAAAAAUUUGGAAGAUGCUGCAUCGGCAAAUCAAAUACGUAUGAAUAGAGAUCCACUUGAAUUAAUGCUCAUUAAUAUGGGUUAUAGAUUUCCAGUUGAACAACCCGAAGAGAAUGAACCUAACGAAGAAAUUGAUGAUCAACCGAUUGUUCACACUUUAAAUUGUAGACCAAGCUAAGCCUUCGAGAAAAGAGAAAAGAAACUAAUGUCGAUUAUUUGAUAAAAUUUUCUCAUCAAAAAAUAUCGCACGCCUUAUAUUCGUAAUAUAUUCUUAUUUCAUUUUAAUUAGAUCCCAUUUUUAGUUUCACCACACUUCUUUUAUUAUUAUUUCUUUAUGUUUGGUAUUAAUUUAGAUAUUCUAAAAGUCCGCACAUCACAUUCUACUCUCUAUUUAAUCGAAAGAUUUGUUUUUGAACGAUGAUAGAGAAAAAAAUGUACAGAAGAAGAAAAUUAAUAUAUAAUUUUUGUUUCUGCAAAUUGUAUUUAAUAAAAUCUAAUGUACUAGU